AUGAAUGCUGAUUUAGCCCUCCAUUUACCCAUUGAAGCAUGUUUAAAACCUCCCCUCUUCCUCCUCCUCCUCCUCCUCCUCCACAUUGCCCCUUAUGCAACAGUGUUUUUGUCUAAGCCUCUGGGAGGCAUAUGCCCCAGCAGUAGAGGUGUUCUGCUCUGGUUGUACUGUACGAUCGUCCUCAGUGUCUCUGCUCCAUCUCUCUCGAUGGCUGUUCAGCUGGUUGUAGCUCUCCUGGCUCUAGCCUCUCUAAGUGCGGCAUCUGCACCGGACUGUAAAGAACUGGUCAAACCCCUGGUACUGGAGGACCAUACCGAGGUAAGUUGUGAUCAUAAUACUAAAUAUUAUAUUUUGAACCUAAUCAAUUUUUCUCAGAUGACACCCUACUCCCUAUCCGGCAAAACUACUUUGGCCGGAGCCAAAGACUGGGGAAUAGGGUGCCUAAGACACAGCCAUUUAUUUUUCACUGUUUUGGACAGUAUUUUUGUAUUUAUUAGGAUCCCCAAUUACUCUUCCUGGGGUCCAAAACAGGAAACGCAACAAAUAAAAUAAAGAACAUACAUAGCACUACAUUUACAUUUCAAUUUAACCAUUCAGCAGACGCUCCCAUCCAGAGCGACCCACAGUUAGUGCAUUCAUCUUAAGAUAGCCAGGCGAGACAACCACAUAUCACAGUCAUAUCCCAACCACGUAUCACAUACAUAAUGCAAUGCAAAAUACAGUACAAAAUGCAUAAUAAUGUCUGUGUCUCUUCACAGUUCUCGUCGUGCCGUAAAGUGUUAUUUUAUCUGUUCUUUGAAUCAGGUUUUAUUGCUAGCUUGAGUUACCUGGGGUGGCAGAGAGUUCCAUGUAGUCACGGCUCUAUUAAUACUGUGUGUUUCCCAGCCUCUGUUCUGGACCUGGGGACUGUGAAGAGACCUCUGGUUGCAUGUCUUGUGUGAUACCGAUGAGUGUCUGAACUGUGUGCCAACUGCUUGAACAAACAGUUCGGUACCUUCAACACCUCGCACAAAGACCAAUAGUGAUGCAGUCGAUCUCUCCUCAACUUUGAGCCAGGAGAGAUUGACAUGCAUGUCAUUCGUCCUCCGUGUACAUCUAAGUGCAAUACGUGCUCCUCUGUUUUGGACCAACUGCAAUUUGCCUAUUUCCGUCUUUGCCGCACCUGACUACACAACUGGACAGUAGUCCAGGUGUGACAAAACUAGGGUCUGGUUGACUGAGAUCAUUUUUUAUUUUAUUUUUAACCUUUAUUUAACUAGGCAAGUCAGUUAAGAACAAAUUCUAAUUUACAAUGACGGCCUACACCGGCCAAACCCGGACGACGCUGGGCCAAUUGUGCGCCACCCUUUGGGACUCCCAAUCACGGCCGGAUGUGAUACAGCCUGGAAUCGAACCAGGGGGUCUGUAGUGACGCCUCAAGCACUGAGAUGCAGUGCCUUAGACCGCUGCGCCACUCGAGAGAUAAAGAAAGCAGAGCAACGCCUUAUCAUAGACAGACCUCAUCCCAUUUUAGUAACCGUUGAGUCGAUAUGUUUUGACCAUGAUAGCUUGUCAUCUAGGGUGACACCCAGCAGUUUAGUCUCUUCAACUUCCUCAAUAGCCACAUUAUUCAAUAAUAGAUCCAGAUGAGGACUAGGGUUGUGUGAGUGAUUUAUCCCAAAAAGUAUGCUUUUAGUUUUUAAGAUAUUUAGCACCAGCUUAUUGCUAGUUACCCAUUCUAAAACUGACUGGAGCGCUAUGUUAACGGUGUCAGUUAUUUAUUUUACUGUUGCAACCGACGUGUAUACUGUUGAGUCAUCAGCGUACAUAGACACACAGGCUUUAUUCAAGGUCAGUGGAAGGUCAUUAGUAAACACCGAAAAUAAUAAUGGUCCAAGCCGGCUGCCCUGUGGUACUCCACGAUCAACCAAAUUUGUAUUAAAGAGGCUUCCAUUAAAGAAAACCCUGUGUGUUCUGUUGUAUAGGUAACUGUACAUCCAUGAUAAGGCAGAGGAUGUUAAUCCAUAACACCUAUGUUUUUUUUUUUUUUUUUUUACUAUACUACCCAUGUGUUUCUUCCAACUUCAAAUGGUCCAAAUUGGGUUAAGGAUGCUGCAAUUAGAUGGUAUGAAACUCAUGUGUUUUUCCUUGUCUGUGACUGGCAGCUCUAUGGCAAAUGGGUGUAUGUGAUGGGGUCUGCAGAUCAUUUAUUCUUCCAAAAUGCUUUGGGGACUCUGAAAAGCUCCUGGAUAGACCUGUCGGCUACAUCUGACCAUAAAGUAGUCACCCUAAGAUGGGGAGACCGCAUGUAAGUCUGGCUAUGUUGUGGAUAUGAAUGCAGACUUUAAUGAAUGUCAUAGUAAUUUGGAAUUGGCUUUAGUAAAUAUCAGGAAAGUAUGUGCAAUGGUAGACAUUUAAUUUCACCUUUCUCUGAAAGCAAAGACAAUGUUUCAAAUUGGCACCUAAGCAAUUAAUCAUACUAUAUGCUAACACGUUUUCCUAAAUAUCCAUCAGUGAUGGCAAAUGCGUCGUGGGUAAAACACAUGCUACCAUCUCCGGCACCACUUCCACAGUUCACAGUAAGUGACUUGUGCUCUACUAGCCUGGUUGCCAUAUUUGUCUGUGCUUUAGCCAACACCCUCCUCUGGCGUUGUUAUGCAAAAUAGGACAUCGACAAAGGAGCAAGUUGGCUGAAGCAGAAACAAUCUGGCAACCUGGCUAGUGCUCUACAUCUAAGUGAUGAAAACAUUAGCUGCUCAAUAAGAGAGGGGCUUUAUCCACUUUCCUAUUUAUUGUGUGUAUUGCCUUGUCAUUAUGCCAUGUUAUGUCUUCCCUGUAUGUCAUCAUGUGCCUGUAAAGAUACAAAUAAAAUGUACUGUUACUUUAUUUUACAGUCCGACAUUUUUCUGGUACUUGGAAAUGACAUGGUAAACAUGUAGCAACAUUAUAAUUGCCUAAUAAUUUAUUUGGUAGUCACUGAAACAAGCACCAAAAAGUAACCUGCCAUUUGGUAGAAGGUACUUACCAAGUGUGUUGAAUUCAUGGUAGUAUGCAUGUACUGUAACAGUUGAAGCAGGACAAAAAAAAAGCGUUACCAAAUGUCCUAAUCAUAAUGGAUAAUAAGGCAUUCUAUUUUAUUUUGUGGCUCCCACAGUUCAUUUGUCUGAACACAAAGGCCAGUACCUGGAGACCUGCCCUAACUGCCUGCUAUGGUCAGACACAUCUCGUAAUGGAGACAUCACUGGCAGAUACCUGCUCCUGUUCAGUAAGUCCAAUCAAUCAAUCAAUCAAUCAAUUGAUUUGAGUAAGUCCAUCCCCAAAAUUGUCUGGACCCAUCUGGAUGUGCUUUAACCAACUCCUAACUGCUGGUUUGGUUCAGUGUCAUGUGCAAAAUGUAUGGCAUGACAACGAUAGUCAGAGGAGUUGGCUUAAGCACAUACAGAUCUGGGAUCAGGCUACCCCCCACUUAUUGACGUUGAUAAAUAGUAGCAGUUUAGGCAUGCUAUACUACAGACAAAGCAUUGUGAAAGCCUGGAGUUGACCCUACAUCAAUAAGGUGUUGAAACAGUAUCUUUCUGUCAAAGGGAUCAGUCACUAUUUCAGAACCAGUGAGAUAUAUGCAUUGCUUUGGAAGACUUAAUGGAAGAUGAGCCAUCUGUUGUCUGUUACCAGCCCUAAAAGAUUACACAAGCAAGAUACUGUAGGUCAGCUCAUCAGCCUCUCUCUCUCUCUCGACUCUCAGCAAGGACAGGGAAAAUGGAUCCCACAUACCUGGACACCUAUAAGAAACAGGCAGAGUGUCUGAACUUCCCAGAGAAACAUCAGACCUACGAUGGAAAAACAGGUCAGGGGUUCUCUUUGCUCCUCCUCCUCCUCAUCUUUUAUAGAUGCUGA